ACUUUAUCCAAUUCUAGUAAUAUAACAACCACUAUAUCAUACAUGCAUUGACAUAUAUAUUAUAUAGUUGAGGACAAUGUCAUUGUGAAACUUGUGAAACUUUUUUGCUCUUUUGGAAUUGGUUAAGCUUUGAUGGGUUUCACUGUUGGGUUGGUAAGAAAUGUCUUCUCAAGAAAUCAUGUUGGUUCUCAUGAAAGAAAAAUAAUGAGACGAAAUUCUUCCGAAAAUAGAAGAUGGAUAUCAGUUAAAUCAUACUUGUGUGGCAAUGAAUUCAAUUCAGUCCUUGCAGAAGAAGAUUCAGCAUCAUUUAAGAGCACAGAAGUCACAGUUACACAGUCCAUACAAGAAGAUUUGUUGAGUGAUAAAGAAGAAACAAAGAGUGAAGAAACUGUUGAGAAUGUAAUAGACAAUAGAUCAAAUUGUAACUCCAAAUCAUUGAAUGAAGAAGAAGCAGCUAUUAUUAUUCAAUCAGCAUAUAGAAGUUUCAAGUUGAGGUGUAAAAAUGAAGACACCAUAAGCUCAGAAAAUGGUGAAGAGAAGCUCAAUUUAGCAGCAGAAAGUCCAGAUAGAAAAUCUAUGGCUACAUCAGUUGAAGUACAAACAGGGAAUUCCACUGAAGUUUUCUCAUUUAAAGGAGAAAAAGUGAGCAUUUACAACAGUUUUCAGCACAGGAAUAGAACUAGAGCAAUAAAGCAAAAGGAAGAUUGGGAUGACAGCACUUUGAGUAGCAAUGUUUCGAAAAUGAGGAUGCAAGACAGAAUGGAGGCAGCAACAAGGAGAGAAAGAGCACUGGCUUAUGCUUUCUCACAACAGCUACGAAUAUGUUCGAAGAGAAAAUUAGCAAAACAUAACAACAGGGAACAAAAUAUGAGUUGGAGUUGGCUUGAAAGAUGGAUGGCGACUCGGCUUCAAGACACUUCAUCAGUUGAAAGCCAUGCAAUGAAGCAGUAUGAAAAUUUCAACACUGAUCAUCACAAAUUUACUAUAAAGACAAGAUUUUUAGAUGCUUCUGGUGGUGAAGAAAAAGAGAGUUGUGGAUCAAAUGAAGUGCCACUUCAUUUUGAUAACUAUUCAGUAGUUUCACAAGAAGAAAAAGUUAGCAGCUUCAAAUCACCAACAAGAAAGACUAAUUUUAAAGCUAGGAGAACUGUGUCUAGGAGGAAAACUGUGCCAAGUUAUCAGUUUCAUGAUGAACAUCCAAAGGUAAGCAUGAAAGAUGGCUCAAGCAAUGCUAACAAGGAUAUUAAGCAAAAACCAAAGCAAGAAGUAAGCAAGACAGAAAUGAGUCAAAUGACAAUAAGCACACUCAAAACUUCUAAUGAGUGACUUCUUGACUCUUGUAAUUAAAUCUACCAAAUAAAGUCAACUAAAUAUGUGUGUCUACUAGUAUUGAGUGGGAAGCAGAGCAAAAAUUACAUUUAGCACCCUCAGAGCUUCUAGUAAUGAGUGACUUCAAAGUUCCUACAUUAAUAUGUCAAAUAAAUUUAACUUGUGUCUCUAAUAUUAAGAUGUAAUUAUAAUGGUUGGAUUUUCUUGUAGAUUGUAAUUCCAUUAUUCUAUUUGUAUAACUUCUAUUCAGUACAGUACAUAAUAUUAAGUGCAUGGAAUGAGAUGGUUGUUCUAAUCA